ACUCAAACUUUAUUUGAAAACCGAGUUCAAGUGAAGUGAAAACCGUGUGGACCCUCCUUGCUGGACGAUUUGUUUGACGCAAUUUUGGUUGAAUCCUCUCGUCGUGAUACCACGCGUUGCACAUCAAUAACAUGAUAUUUUCUUGCAAAACUUGAGCCGAGAGUUACAUCCAACUCUCAAAUAUCUUCUUCUAUUAUUAGUAUUUUUUUUGACAAGCAGCAGAGAAAUGGCAGAAGCUAUCGUCUCUAUUGUGGUGGAAAGGCUUGGUAAUUUGCUCAUACAAGAAGCAAUAUCCUUCGCCGGAGUGAGUAAACAAGUUAAACAGCUACAAGUUGAGCUCAAACAGAUCCAAAGUCUCUUAAAAGAUGCAGAUGCGAGGCAAAAUGAAGGAGAGAGUGUACGCCAGUGGGUUGCAAAUAUGAGAGAUGUUGCUUAUGACGCCGAAGAUAUUAUUGAGAGGUAUGCCCUCAAAGUUGGCUCCCGAAAGGGAGGAGGCAUACAAAAUGUCCUGAAGAGGCCGUUUGUCUGCAUCUUGAGAGAAGCAAAAGCUAUUUAUCAAACUAGAUCAGAGAUUGGUGAAAUAACGAAGAGAAUUUCUACAUUGAGCUUGCAUUUACAAAAUUAUGGCAUAAAAUUUGUUUCGAUGGAAGGUGGAGGCCCGAGUUCUUCGAGUGAGAAGAUAGGAAAGCAAAGGCAAACUUAUGCACAUGUUGAACAUAAUGUUGUUGUUGGAUUGGAGGAUAGCCUAAAGGAAGUGGUGGCAUGUUUAACAGAAGAGGUCAAAUACAAGUAUAGAGUCGUUUCCAUAUGUGGUAUGGGUGGUCUUGGAAAGACUACUCUUGCUAGAAAGGUUUACAAUCAUCAACAAGUCACGAGUCACUUCGACUGCCGUGCUUGGGCAUGUAUCUCUCAACGAUGUCAACCAAGAGAUGUCUGGGAAGGAGUCCUGAUUAGUCUUAUCUCUCCAUCUAAAGACCAGAGAGAUGAAAUUCGAAGCUUGAGAGAUGAAGAGCUUGCUGAGAAACUUUUUGAAAUUCAGCAGCAAAAGAAGUGUUUGGUGAUUUUAGAUGAUAUCUGGAAUGUUGAGGAUUGGUACAAUUUACGUGCUGCCUUCCCAAUGAAUGAUACAAACAGCAGAAUAUUGCUUACCUCUCGUAAUGAAGCCUUGACUCCGAAAGUAGAUCCAAGUGGCCACCUUCACAAAUUACCAUUUCUAAACGAUGAAAACAGCUGGGAAUUGCUUCAAGGUUUAGCAAUAUCAAGGAGAUCAGAAGAAUGUACAAUCAUGGAAAAUAUGAAUAUUUUAGGGAGAAAGAUGGUUAGAUAUUGCAAGGGAUUACCAUUGGCCAUCACUGUACUUGGAGGACUUUUGGCCACAAAACAGACAUUAGAAGAGUGGAACCAAGUACAUAGAAAUGUUAAAUCAUACAUCCAUCAACAGGAUGGUCUUCCUAUCAGCAUUGUGUUGGGUUUAAGUUAUGAUGAUUUGCCUUCCCAUUUGAAAUUGUGCUUCCUAUAUUUAGGUCAUUUCCCAGAGGAUUUUGAGAUAAGGACUAGGAUGUUAAUUCAAAUGUGGGUGGCCGAAGGUCUUAUAUAUCAAAUGCAACACAUUGGAAGUAACGAGGAAACACUGGAGGAUGUUGGAGAACGUUAUUUACAGGAGCUAGUUCAAAGGUGUAUGGUACAAGUAGGACAAAAGAGUUCAUUUGUAAGGAUCAAAACUUGUCGUCUUCAUGAUCUUAUGCGAGACUUCUGCGUGGAAAAAGCUAAAUCGGAAAACUUUCUCCACAUCAUCAAUAUUGAUCAUGAGUCCAAUGAAGAAAUAGAAGCUCCCAUUGGUGAAGUUCGAAGAGUUGCUAUCAGUGGUAGAUCAAGUCCCUUGAGACAUGGAUUUACACUUCCAUUGACAUCCCAAAAAUAUUUUCACCUAAGGUCUUUUCUAACAUUCUCUAUGAGUUUGAAAGAGAAAUCUUUGCUAAGGAACUUCAAAUAUCUUAGAGUCUAUAUGGGGAUGGAUUUCACCCCUAAUAUCAAUCGUCUCAUCCACUUGAGAUUCUUAUCUCCAAGGUAUACUAGUGUAAGAAGUAUCCCAUCUCUAAGAAAUUUGAAGUGCUUGCAAACACUAGAUUUGCGGCAAAUGUAUUGGCCAGAUAAUGUGCCGAAUGAUGUGUUCAUAAAUAUGGAGCACUUGCGGCAUCUGUAUCUACCUCUGUUGGCCAAAUUCAGGGAGAAGUUGCAACUACCUAAUGCUAGUAAGCUGCAAACACUUGUGAAUAUUCCUGUUUCCAUAUGUGAUGUUAAAGAUCCGACGGCUGGAUUUGACGAGUUUGGAAAGGACUUAAUGCCUUCAAAUUUCACAUUCAAUUGUCUUUGUGUUCUUAAGAUCAGUCAAAAGAAGACAGUGGCUAUAACACCAAUGGUAAUGCGUUGUCCUCAUAUAUAUCAGCUACGGCAUCUAGGGAAAAUAGAGAAAUUGCCAGAACACGACCAGAUUUCUCAACAUCUUGCCCAGUUAAAGUUAGCUAAUACUCGUCUUGAAAAAGACCCAAUGUUGAUUUUGGAGAAGCUUCCCAACUUAAAGAUUCUUCACCUUAGGUCAUUUGCCUACACAGGGAAGAAAAUGAUUUGUUCUGUAAGAGGAUUUCCUCAACUUCAGUCUCUCAUUCUUUAUAGUUUAAAAGACUUAGAGGAGUGGGAGGUGGAGGAAGGAUCCAUGCCCAAGCUCUACCAUUUGAAGAUUGAAUAUUGCCUCAAUCUUAGGAUGGUUCCAGAUGGACUUCAGUUUGUCAGUAACCUGCAAAAAUUGGAAAUCGUAAGAAUGUACCCGUCAUUUGAAGAGAGACUUGGGGAAGGAGGACAGGAUUUUUACAAAAUACGACACGUGCCUUCCCUCAAAGUUAUACCUCUAAGCCACUUGGAGCUGUCCUAUGUUAUGCUGCUCACUUCUAGCGCUAUGGUAUCAUAUACUGUGGGUGCUUGAAAAUUAAAUUUAUUCUGAACUCUGAUGUUAUAAAUUGUGAUAUUCUUUUAUGUUUGACAAUAUUUGUGAAAUUUAAAUUAUAUUUUGAUGAUUCAUUA